AUGGAUAAGGAAACCUCACAUGGGGAAAAUCACAUUAGUGUGAAGCCACCUCCAGAGCCUUCACCGUUGAGAAAAGCCAGAUUCUUUCAGGCAAAUAUGAGAAUCCUGGUUACAGGUGGAGCUGGAUUCAUUGGAUCUCACUUGGUUGACAAGCUGAUGGAAAAUGAAAAGAAUGAGGUGAUUGUUGUGGACAACUAUUUUACUGGCUCGAAGGACAAUUUGAAGCAAUGGAUUGGACAUCCACGGUUUGAGCUUAUUCGGCAUGAUGUGACAGAAACAUUGUUAGUUGAAGUCGAUCAGAUCUACCAUCUUGCUUGCCCUGCUUCCCCAAUUUUCUACAAAUACAACCCUGUGAAGACAAUAAAGACUAAUGUAAUUGGGACACUAAACAUGUUAGGACUCGCAAAAAGAGUAGGCGCAAGGAUUUUGCUGACAUCAACAUCAGAGGUUUAUGGUGACCCUCUCGUGCAUCCUCAGGAUGAAACCUACUGGGGCAACGUCAACCCUAUAGGUGUUAGGAGCUGUUAUGACGAAGGAAAAAGAGUUGCCGAGACUUUGAUGUUCGACUAUCAUAGGCAGCAUGGAAUUGAAAUAAGGAUUGCAAGGAUCUUCAACACAUAUGGGCCCCGCAUGAAUAUUGAUGAUGGCCGUGUCGUCAGCAAUUUCAUAGCUCAAGCAAUACGUGAUGAACCUCUGACAGUUCAGUUGCCUGGAACGCAGACGAGAAGCUUCUGUUAUGUAUCUGACAUGGUGGAUGGUCUUAUCCGACUAAUGGAAGGAGAUAAUACAGGGCCAAUUAACAUUGGGAAUCCAGGCGAGUUUACAAUGACCGAGCUUGCUGAGACUGUCAAAGAGAUGAUAAAUCCAAAAGUGAAAAUCAUAACAGUGGAAAAUACGCCAGACGACCCGCGUCAGAGGAAACCGGACAUAACAAAGGCAAAGGAAUUAUUGGGAUGGGAACCAACGUCUCACCAUGAGUUCCAAUCCGAGAGACCCCCUAACACAAAACUGGUCAGGAGUCGUCGGUUGCCACCACCGGCAACUGAAAGUCCCCACCGUCGGAUCACCUGCCACAACACCAGGAGACGGGAUGGCCUAGGGAGCAUACACCGUCACGAACUCAAUUGUCGGCCGCCCCACAGAAGUGACACGGUGACGGCGACCAUGGGCACGGCCGCCCCACCCGACGCCCGAACCCCACAACAACACCACCAAGGACACCAGGAAUCUGAGAAGCGCCCCGUCAGUUUGCAGCGGACAUCGGGGAAAGAGAUUCAUCGGCCCCCUAGUGAAAUCGGCACCGCGGCAGGCUGGCACCUGCGGAAGGGAGGCAACGACGAAUUGGUCGGAGGUUUGUUAGGGAUUUAA